AUGACUUCGGAGACUCAGCUCAUCCCGUAUAUCCACCUCCUUUGCAUGCAUGAAUCGGCCUCGGAUGCCUUCAACCGAGUACUAGGAGAGUAUGGAAUUAACCAGGCCUUGAUUAACUAUACAAUCCAUAAUACACUCCUGUCUGACCUACCACCAUCCCUGAACUUCGACUUGGUAGUGUCACCAGCAAAUUCAUAUGGUCUUCUAGAUGGUGGCUUCGAUGAUGCGAUAUCCCGAGCCUUCAGCCCCAAAACAGAAUACCAUGCUCUUACACGCGUUGCACAGAAAGAGCUGUACCGUCUGCAUAGCGGCUAUCUCCCGCCUGGCUCAUGCUGCAUCGUCAAAAUACCAGAGUCGUUCCGUGGAACGUUGAAGUAUCACGACGGGAAUGGGUGGGGUUGUCGUUAUCUAGCUCUGUGUCCCACCAUGCGUGUUCCCAGCCGCUGCGAUUGGGACAGAGACGUUGUCUACGAAUGUAUCUGGAGCUUGCUGAAUGCGAUCGAGCAGCAUAAUAGAUCCGCAACAGAGGAGGGCAGUGGCGCCGGCUCAGCGAAGAUAGAAUCUAUCUUGAUGACACCAUUGGGUACUGGUACUGGAGGUAUCAGCGACGAAAAAUGGGCAAAGCAGACGGUCUUAGCUAUUAAACAUUUCAUUGAUGCGAAGCAGCAUCCUGAGAAAUGGUCUGCGAUUGACUGGCGGGACACUGGGGAGGUUGAUAUCCAGUUGUUAAAAACUCAGAGUCCGAGGCUAUUAGCACAGUACUACCAGCGCUAG